AUAGGGUGUCGAAUCUGUUCUAUAACCUCCGAUAUAAUAUUACAAUUUAAAGAUCGAAGAUGAAUCUUUUAUGAUAAUUGUGGAUUAAUUCGUGUAAAGGUUGUUCUAAGUGAUGUUGUGUAAGAUCGUUUGUAUUCUUGCGGUCACUGUGUAGCGUUUUUAAAAAUUAAAUAUGGCCUCGAACCGAGGGAUUCAGAUCGGAUCCGCGUGGUUUCAACGGAAGUUGAACUUGCGGCCGCAGCACCGGGGCGUGCACCUGGUCACUGAGGAGAUCCUGAAGCAGGUGCCCGAGCUGUCACAGUUCGCGGUGGGGCUCUGCCACAUCCAGAUAAUGCACACUUCGGCGAGUCUCGCGCUCAACGAGAGUUGGGAUCCUGAUGUGAGAGACGACAUGGAGAUGAUGCUCAACAAAAUAGUGCCAGAGGGUCUCCCGUACCGGCAUUCGUGCGAAGGCCCCGACGACAUGCCUGCACAUGUAAAAGCAUGUUUCUUGGGCUCAUCACUGACAAUCCCAAUCACAGAUGGCAAAUUAAACCUGGGGACUUGGCAGGGUGUCUGGCUCUGUGAGCAUAGGAAUCAUGCUGGUAGCCGAAAGGUGGUGGUGACGCUGUCAGGCUGCCCCCGUGACUCUCCACUGUCGCCGGUGUCAGCGGCGUCUUGCUCCAGUUAGGAGCGGGGGGGGGGGCGCGACCCCCCACACGCACUCCCACUCGCGCCCCUCCUCCAAGAGCACGCGGAGGUAAACCCUCCCCGGCACCUUUUAUAUCCCUACUCCUAACCUAGGCGUUAGUUCUUAUUCUUAUCUUCGAGCGACAAUAUGUACAUAAGAUUAAUAUUUUGUAAUGCUUUGCAUGGCAGUUUGGACAGUAUGUUUUAAAUUUUAAGCUUCGAUAGUAUCGAUGCGUGUGCCGUUCGCUAUCGGCCGGUUCUAGGGAGUGACAUCGGUCGACGCACGGCCUCGCCCGAGAUCCUAUUUGUAAUAUAGCAAUUAUAGGAAUUGAAAAUUGUCACCAAAUGUAGAUUCUCUUUCGUUUCUGUAGCGAAGUGCCAUGCGAAGAUAGAAGCCCUAUUGAUGUUACGUUCAGUCAGUAUAAAACUGAACCCGUUGAAUUUGUACAUAAAAAUGUGCAUCAGUUUUAAAGUAUACAUAAAAAAAAUAAAUUGUUGUUUUGUUAUUGCAACUUGUCGAUAUGUACAUAGAUCACGCGUGGACGUUGUGGCAUUCCGCUUCGUAGGUUCGGUCAUUGAAGGGGUUGAUGUGGCACUUUUACCAUUAUUAAUCAUAAGGGAAAUACCAGAUAAGAAACAAUGAUUUGUAUGGAUUGACUAUUUUCACUACAGCACUUGUUUAAAUUUUUUCGGAGUUCACCUGGAAACACCUAUAUUUUUAACAUGGCAGCACAUUAGUCAUUUUACGAAGUCAGACACUCAUUUUACUACACUAAUUUUGUAUGUAAUCGCACUGGUUAACGGUCAGUUCAUAUAAGAAAUAAGAGCUGAAAGUAGGUUAAAAUAUUUAAGUACUUUGUACGUCUACGGUAAUAGCUCCCUUCUCUCUCCAUGUUAGGCUAGACUUGAUUAACAAUUAGUAUGUGAGACAUGUCCAUAGCUUUAAAUGUGUCAUACCCGUUGUAUCAACGGGUCCUUCUCGGGAAGACAAUGAGCUAACAUUUGGUACCACUAGUUUGUAGUUGUAUAUCAUUAUUCUUAAGAUCAUGUAAGUGCCUCGGAUUUAUGGGGUGGUCAUGUACUUAUUUUGCAUGCUCGUCUAUGUGAAGGCGUCGGUCGGUUGGAAGUUAUUUAUCAGGUUGUUCAAUUUGUGUGUUUGUUACGUAUGGCGUAUUUCUUCACAAGCGUUCAGGGGUGUUGUGUGUGAAACUUUUGUUAAAUAAUUCGUAUUAGGGACUACCUCUGGAAUCUUUAAGAGGUAAAAUUGAACUGAACAGGGGGGCAGUUAUGCAUACACUUAUUCUGAAAGAUAUAAUCGUAUGAGAACAUUGAGUGUAAGUAGCACUUGUUCGAUAACCGGAGUCAGUUUCGUGACAAACUUUACUUAGACAAGUACCAGUCCAGCUAUUAUCCUCAUUUCACAAUUUACUACGUCUCAGUAAUUUUCUUCAUUACAAAAUGUACCACAUAUAGUAGUAUAAUCCAUUUUAAUUUUGCGAUGUCUAUUAAAGGCGUAUAUAUAUAGUUGUAUGUCUUCCUAUGUAAGUUCCAUCACAUAAGUUCAAGAUUAGUGUAACAGUCGAAGUAAUGUAUCUGGUACUUGUGAUCGGUAUAGGGUAACUAACAUCACCUUCAUAUCCGGCCACAUCUAUAUUACUUAAAUAAAUGUAAUGAACUAACGACUAAUGAAAUAUGCGAUAGGGGACUCCAAUUUUGAAUUCAAAUAUAGCCGUUACUAUAGUUAUCAGGCGGAGUAAGUAGUAGCGGGUAUCAUUUUAUAUGAGUCGUAGUGAAAAUUAAUUUAUACAGGGUUGAGGACCUUGGUUUUUACAGGAAUUUACUGUAUAUUUUCCCAUUGUGAGCAUAGCAUUCGCGGAGUUCAGUAGAAGCCGCUGGCCAUGGUUCGCGGCAUGCUGUGGAGAGGUUUUGUUGCGUUCGGCUUUCAAUGUCCCAUUAAGAUUGCUUGUGUGGCACAAUUUACACUUGAAACUUAGUUAGGAGUUAAUAAAUUAUAAAUAGUAGGGUACAGUUUGGAAUUAAGGUAUACCAUAGCGAUGUUGACGGUGGGUAAGCGGAAGAAUGUAGGGGACAGGACUUGAUACAUACGCACAAUCGAAAGAGACCACGGUCAGCAUCGCACGCACGUUUUUUUGGUACCACAUUGUUGCAUGAACAUUUUGUUUCAUGGACAACCGUAGACUUACGUCACUUAGGGAGCUUGUUGUACUUUCAUACUCGGGCUUUUGAUAGAUUCACAUUUAACAUUCGAUUUUCGGUUCUAUCACAUAGAGUUAAGAAAUUUUUUUAAUGAUCUAAAAGCGGUAUGAAGCUUCCUGCUUUGGGUAAAUAAUUUAGUUGUGGUGCUUGUCAAAUAUUGUUACCUGCAGUAAUGGACUUGAGUGCGUGUAUGUGCACAGGAAACUCAAAGUUUCCUUGCAUAUAAUUGGUCCAUUUUUGGGAAUAUUGUUGUUAAGCACCUCUAUACUAUCUGUAUCUUUAAUAAAAUCUUUGUGCAUGGUUUUCAGCACUAUUCAACCGUUGGUAAUAUACAUAAAUAUGUUAUUGUCGCUUAUUCUUUAACAAUUUCUUACGUUUUUAUAUUUUGGAUAGACUUUUGGGGGCGCGGAUUCAAGAGAUGGGCUAAAGUGCUUUUUAAAACAAUAAAUUAAGGAUUUGUAAAUAUUUUUUGCAUUAAUAAAGUGUACAUGUACAAUUUAUUCAUGUACAUACAGUGAUUCGUAUGUAAAAAUAAAAAUGUUCAAGUGCUAUUCGUGUAUGGGUGUUAGGUAAUACCACUGCCAUGAAUAUUUGCCUCUUGGAAUAUUGAUAAAAUUUGAUGGUUUUAAUACAAUUAAGUGACAUGUUUUAAAUUUGAUUUUCGCCCUACACUGUUGAUAGGAACAAGGCAUCUAUAAAUUCUCGUACGUUAAUAAGUUAAAGGCGACUGGCUCGCGAUCUUUCUCAUUCCUUUUGUUUGUUAA